GAUUGUAGGUUGUCAAGGUUGGCAUUUUUGCAGGGUAAGGAAGGGAACUGCGAGGGGCUUUGCAGGGGUAUGAAGGCAACUGCAACGGGCUUUGUAGGUUGUUGAGGUUGGCCUUUGCGUGUUAGGUAUGACCUGGUCGUGCUAUUGUACCCGUCUUUUUCGCAGAUUAACUCCCGGGCCGUUGACGGGGAUGGGAAUGGGAGGAGUGGGCAAGGGAAAGGGAAAGGGAAAGGGAAUGGAUGUGUGGCAAUCGAUUGGAUUGAAGAAAGCGAGCGGUAGUUGUUGCGGCUUUUCACCGAUUUCUGAGAUGGCAGAGAGGAUGUGUGGUAGCAGCUGCACCAGCUCCAGCUCCGCCUGCGGCGGCAGCUGUAGCUUAUGCUCAUGCGCGAGCGCGAGCGCAAGCGCAAGCUCAAGCUCAAAGUUGAACUCGGUGGCGCACUCCCCCGCUCGAUUAACCAAAAGAGGAAUCCGGACUGCGCGUGGGCAGCCGCCCAUGUUCCUGCUCCUGCUGCUCUCCGUUGGAGCGCUAUCCAUUUUCCAUCAGACUCUUAUUGACAUUCUGAUGAAGCGGCAUGCAAGAUUAUCUCGCCCAAACACGGGGGAGGCUGACAAAAUGGUGAGCACGGCGAAAUAUAUUCCGGUCGAUUGGCCAAAUUUACCUGAGAACGAAAGAGUAACGCUUUGGGAAAGGCCUGCUCCAAAUGGACUGAAGCCUUGUAUAAAUUACACAGCAGACGAAGAUUCAGUGAUAGCUCAUUACAAUCCUGAAGCCUACAUUCUUGUCUCAUGUAACGGAGGCCUUAACCAACAGCGAGCAGCGAUAGUAAAUGCGGUCCUUGUUGCGCUUCACCUAAAUAUGACUUUACUUGUGCCAUAUCUUCAGCGUAAUCCCGUUUGGAACGAUGCCAGUACGUUCGGCGAAAUUUUCAACUUGGACAAGUUCAUCCGCAGCCUUAGAGGAACAGUCCGGAUCAAAAGCCAUGUUCCAGCCAAAGCAUUGAUUCCAGAAGUUAUGUAUUUCACAAGCGUUCCUGCAGCGGUCAACUUCUCCUGGUACAAUCGGCACGUGCGAGCAAAAGUCAAUCAAGCCAAUAGGUUGGCGGAGAUCCAUGAAAUGGUGAAGAAGGAGGAGACGGAGACGACACCAAAGGAACAGAAGAGAGUGGUGGUCAUCAAUCCAUUUGCACAUCGGCUUUCGCAUCAUCUACCUCUUUUCUGGCAAAAACUCCGUUGCUUCGUCAACUUUCAGGCAUUGAAAUUUGUCGAUCGAAUUGAGAAACUUGGGGCGCAAAUGGUGAACCGUAUGAAGGCCAGGUCCAACGGACGAUAUUUGGCACUACAUUUGCGCUUUGAGGAAGACAUGGUGGCAUACUCUAUGUGCGACUUUGGCGGCGGCGAAGAUGAGCACAAGCGUCUCCACGAAUACAGGAAAUCGCACUGGAAUCUCGAUAACCGACGGAAACGUGAAACGCUCAAUCCAGCGCGGUUGCGAGCACAAGGGAAAUGUCCUGUCACUCCAGAAGAAGCUGGCCUCUUUUUACGCGCCCUUGGUUUUCCUCACGACACACACAUCUACAUGGCGUCGCUCAUCGACCAUCUGUACGGAGGCAAUGACAGCAUUGAACCCCUCAAGACCCUUUUCCCAAAUCUGGUGGACAAGACGUCCCUCGCGACUAAGGUAUGCCAAGUCACGACCAUCCCCUCGCCGAAUUUGCGAAACAUCAUCAUCCUCGUCAUCCUCCUCCUUGUCGUCAUCAUCAUCAUCAUCAAUGAACGAGUGCGGAAUGUAGCCAAUUGCAGGGAGGCAUUGGGUUGUGCUCGGCCUCUCCCCCGCCAAACGUGAGAAAGAACACAAAAUGGCAAGUGAGGGUAGAAAGAACACAAAAUGGUAAGUGAGGGUAUCUUUGGACCUUCUAGCUGGAGAUACACCCUUCGGUCUUCCCCCGAACACAACGCACCCUUAUUUUGUUCGUAUAAAUAUAGCUUGUAUACAUUCAUUUUUAGGGUGCGUUAUGUUCGGGGGAAGACAAUAGCCAUUGCACACAUUUGGUUGGUUCCAGAGUGCUGCAGCAGAGCCCAUUGUCGCACAUUGUACAUCAAAUGCAAUCCAAACCAAUCACAUGCCAAGUUCAGUCAAAACCAAUGAUGGCAUGCAAUCAAAUCCCAACAAAAGU